GAUACGAGUCUCCCAGGAGUUAAUAAUAACCUCAAAAGGGUGAAAGCCCACUUCUCCACCUAACUUCUGGGUACACCGUGCGCUGUUCCAAGGACGGAGUUGGAGAAACGUAAUGACCGUAAACCAUGCGAUGUUCCAUUUAAGAACGGUCUCUCGCGCGUUUGCGCUCCUCACCCUCUUCUCCCUAUCACCUUAAUCACACGUUCUCUGCCUCUCCACCUUAAUUUUUCGCUUUUACCAGAUCACAUUCGUUUACAACAUAAUCAACACAAACAUGAAGUUCUUCAUCUCCCUCUUGCCAUUGGCAGCUAUCGCAGCUGCACAAGACACUCUCGCACAAGACGGACUCGUUCCUUCUACCCUCGUCGCUCCUACUGGAGACUUUAGCCUCGGAGUGUGGAAUCCAAUGAACUCCUGGACAGGAAAAAUCGUGAACGCAGUCGCCGGCGGUUUCUUUGUCGUAAGAAACUUCACCCACACAUGUACAGUAGAGAUAAUUGACAAAGUCACAGGGAAAGAAAGCAAACACCACGUCUUGCCCAACUGUUGAGGGGCUUGACUGUUCCCUCUUUCCGGGCAACGAAACCGUGCUUACAGGUGGAAAUGGAACUCUCUUCUUGAGCGUUGCCGUUCCAGGUGGUCAACAAGGUAUAAAUGUACACGAGAUCUCCUUUUGACUCUAACUAAUACAUCCUUAGUAUAUGUCACCCCAUCUGGUGCUCUUGGUUACACCCCACCACACACCACAUCCAAGCCAGAUGGUUCCCUCGUCGAUGGCUUCCUUCGUUACCAGAGCCAGACAGGUGGAGCCCCCAUUCCACUUUCCUUCCAAGACAGAGCCUUCAAAGCGUGCCCUGUGGCCAAUGAGGAGGGUGUCUUCCAAAUCUAUUCUCAGGCCGUUGGAAACCCCGAAGACGAAUGUGUUUACGUCCAACUCCGUACCUACCCUGGAUCUCUCCACGCCUGGCAAUACUAGAUACCCCUAGCUUGGAUUUUUUUGGCAUUAUGAAG